AUGCAUGCCGCCAAGAACGAUCCUUACAGCGCAUUCCUCAAUGGCUUCCACGGCUUCUGCAGCGUCUUCGUCACUGCAGCGUUCGCAUACACUGGCACCGAGCUGACAGGACUGGCUGCUGCGGAAACAACCAAUCCAAAGAAGGAGAUUCCCAGGGCCUCGAAUCAGGUCGCAUGGCGAAUCGGUAUCUUCUACGUCGUCAACCUUCUUCUUGUUGGACUCGUCGUACCGGCAAACAGUCCCCUGUACGGCAGUGCGACUACCGCGUCGCAAGGGUCACCUUUUGUCAUUGCAAUUGAGCUUGCUGGCAUCAAGGUCCUGCCAUCGAUUUUUAACGCCGUUAUCCUGAUCGCCGUUAUGAGUGUUGCUAACUCGUGCACCUUUGGCUCGACUCGAACGCUUCAGGCUCUCGCUGCAAAUGGAAUGUUCCCAAAGAAAAUGGCCUACGUUGACAAGAAGGGUCGUCCUAUUCCCGUGGUCAUUCUUCAGCUUCUCUUUGGGCUGCUAGCAUUUAUUAACCUUGCGCAUAAUGGUGGCACGAUCUUCAAUUGGCUCCUGUCACUGUCGGGUCUUACCAUCCUCUUCGUUUACGGUGGCAUCGCUCUGGCUCAUAUCCGCUUCCGCAAGGCCUGGGCCAUGAACGGUCAUACCUUGGACGAGCUUCCCUACAAGGCCAAUUGCGGCGUCUGGGGUUCCUGGAUAUGCUUGCUUGUCUGCGUUCUUGCUUUGAUCGCUCAGUUCUACGUCGCGCUUUAUCCCGUUGGCGGUCCUAACCUGAAUGCAACAAACUUUUUCCAGCUCUACCUCGCCGGUCCGCUACUGAUCUUCCUCUACAUAGUCUGGAAGGCCUACAGCUGGGUCUAUGUGCCAGCACACCGCCCAUUGUUCAUCAGAACAAAAGACAUUGAUAUCUACACAGGCAUGAGGGAGAUCAAUAGUGUAGGUAUCUCUGCAGAGGACAGAGACGCUAGUAAUGCUGAGUUGGGAGAGGAAAAGCACCAGGGAGGUGCUGUGGCAUAUAUCAAGAAUGCUGUCCGAAAUAUUAUUUAA